AUGUCCUUGGCUCCUAAGAUCGAUGAAUUACGCCAUGUUGUUCAGAAUGCAAAUUUGGAUUGUAUUUGCAUCACAGAAUCCUGGCUUCGGAGUUCUAUUCAUGACAACGUGGUUGCUUUAGAGGGGUUUAAUAUUAUUCGCAGGGACAGAGUCGAAUCUGAACACGGCGGUGUUUGUAUGUACAUCAAGGAUACGAUCAAUUUCACUGUUCUGGCUGAGUUACAAGAGCCAUCUUUCGAAAUGCUUUGGACCUUCUGGCCUCGAUACCGCGGUAAAAGAGCAGGACAUCUAGUCAAAGAUAGAGGAAACGAUCGUUACCAUCUGAUCAGCGUUGCUCAACCACGGGAUCCUAACCGUGUUGCUACAUUAACAAGACUUCACCGUUCCCGAAACCCAGCGAACUUGAUAUCAGUCACCAUAUCCCCCGCAAGCCCAAAAGGAGGUUUGUCGUCGACCUAUGUUCCAUCUUUUUUGGUCUCAAAUGUUAUGUCCUUGGCUCCUAAGAUCGAUGAAUUACGCCAUGUUGUUCAGAAUGCAAAUUUGGAUUGUAUUUGCAUCACAGAAUCCUGGCUUCGGAGUUCUAUUCAUGACAACGUGGUUCCUUUAGAGGGGUAUAAUAUUAUUCGCAGGGACAGAGUCGAAUCUGAACACGGCGGUGUUUGUAUGUACAUCAAGGAUACGAUCAAUUUCACUGUUCUGGCUGAGUUACAAGAGCCAUCUUUCGAAAUGCUUUGGGUAAAACUAAGGCCGUUCCGUCUCCCAAGGGGAUGUAAUUUUAUUGUUGUUGGGACGCUUUAUCAUCCGCCAAGCGCCAGUGACCCAGCAAUAAUGGAAUAUUUAAUCAAGUGCUUAUCAACCAUUGAAUCGUGUUAUCCCAACUGUGGUAUUCUGAUUGCUGGGGAUUUUAACAGAUUGCAAAUCACACGCCUCCGUAAUAAUUUCCAGCUAAAGCAAAUAGUCCAUUUUCCAACGCGAGGCAGAAGGACACUUGAUUUAGUCCUCCCUAAUAUUUCUGAAUAA